GCUAUUUACACACCGGUGCCUUGAAAAGCGAGCCGCCGCGCCUUGCAUGUACUGUAUGUAGUCGAGUGGAUAUAAUUCUAAAUUCGAAUUUUAUAGGUUAAUUUAGAAGCAAAAGAAGGACUUUUUUUACAAUUAUACUGAGAAUUAAAUAAGAGUGAUUCACAAUGGCUGAAGUAGUACCUAAUGAUACACAAGAGCCGAUGGUGAACGGAAAUACAACACAGCCAACACCACCUCCACAGGAGGAACUAACAGAAGCGGAGAUUCUAGAAAAGGAAAGCCAGAGACCAGCAAAUAUCAAAGCUGAUAUGAAAGAUAUGGAACGCAACCGACGUGUAUCUCUGAUCCUAAACAGUCAGGCAUUCCGUGAGGAGUUGGAAGCCAUAGUUGAAAGCCAACUAAAGGAUUAUUUUCAGACUGGCCCACAUCCAGCAAGCUUGUUAGCGCUACAACAGAUAACAGAUCUAAUCCUGCCGCAUUCACGUUUUAACCAGUCAUCUGGAUCAAGAGCAGGAGCAGGUUCAUACAGUCAUCAUGUGAUUCCAGUGGCUGAUAUAAGAGGUGUAGAUGCCCACAACUACACAAAAGGAGAGAAGCUUCAGCGGUGCAAACUUGCAUCUCUCUACCGACUAUUAGACUUGCACGGAUGGACGCAACUAAUAUACAACCACAUCUCGGUAAGAGUAUCUCACGACCAGAAUCACUUCCUCAUUAAUCCAUUUGGUUUGAUGUACCAUGAGAUUUCUGCAUCUUCGCUCAUCAAAAUCGAUAAUGUUGGUAACAUCAUCGACCCAGGAACCACAACCUAUGGCCCCAACCUGGCUGGAUUUACAAUUCACUCGGCGAUCCAUGCUGCCCGCCCAGAUAUUAAGUGUGUUAUUCAUGUUCAUACGCCAACCGCUGCAGCAGUGUCAUCAAUGAAAUGUGGCUUAUUACCUAUUUCACAAGAAUCACUGCUAGUAGGUGAUGUCUCCUAUUUGGACUAUACGGGAAUCAUGGUAGAAGAGGAAGAUAAAGAUAAAAUUAUCAGAUCACUUGGCCCUAACAACAAGGUCAUGUUUAUGCGUAACCAUGGUGUGCUCUGUUGCGGAGCUACUAUUGAAGAGGCGUACUUCAACCUAUUCACAGUUAUGGCAGCUUGUGAAAUACAGGUAAAAUCUAUGGCUGUUGGUGUUGACAACUUGGUCCUUCUGCCAGAUGAAUUACGGAAGAAGACGCACGAGUUUGCUUUAAAAGGCAACGAUAGCGAAGGCAAGAAGUGGAAGAUUGGAGAACUUGAAUUUGAGGCAAUGAUGCGUCAGUUAGACAACAUGGGCUACAAGACUGGUUAUAUUUAUCAUCAACCUGUGGUGCAACAUGAGCCGAAACCUCGCAGCGAAGUUGCCCACCCGCCCAUCUCCACAAACUUCACUUAUGUGUACGACGACGAUAUUGAUGGUAGCAAGUACAUAUCUCCGCUGAAGCUGGCAAAUAAACGGCAACAGAAGGAGAAGACAAAAUGGCUGAACACACCAAACCAGUACACCAAAAUGGAGGUGACAAUACAGGAGGAUGGCGAUUCAAGUCCAAAGACAAAAACCAAAUGGAUUACAUCUGAAGAUGGAACUGGUGGUGAUUCAAUAGUUAUUCAGGAUCCGCAACAAUUUGCCAAGCAAGGUGAUAACCCUAAGGAAUUUAAGAACAAGAGACGAGAGUUGAAGAAUGAUUUCUAUGAUGACAAGAAGACUGCUGGUCCAAUAUCAGAGGUGUUGUCUGGGGUAACCUGGCAAAAACCACCACAGUUUUCUAGUGAUGCACCGUUAUCCAACUCCUCGGAUCGUCUUGAGGAUGACCGUAAGCAAGGGAAUCCAACGAGUGAUAAUGUGAAAGCAGCAUCCAAAGGUAUUAUCCAACGGGAUUACCAGCAGGAGGCGGUGCUGUACACGUCCUACACGCCAAACCCCUUUGACAAGAUGACUGAGAAGGAUAUUCUGGAGUAUAAGAAAGAGAUUGCCGAGAAAACAGGCCAGGAUGUGAAGGAGAUUGAGUUGAUAGUACAAGAUGUACCAGCAGAUGAUUCAACAGUAGUGAAUAAUGUGAGCAGAAUCGAAGGUCCAGAGGAUCAAGAAGUAACGGUUGUUUGCACCUCUCUAAAAAUUGAAACAACAAUUGAUGGAAGUCGGUCAGAAGCCUCGUCAGCAGCAGAGGAUACCGGUGAAAAAAGUCAUAGUGAUGUGGAGGUAUCACCAUCGAAGGAGAACACAUCACCCAGUAAGAAAAGCAAGAAAAAAUUCAGAACGCCAUCAUUCCUGAAGAAGAAGAAAGAAAAAAAAGAAAAGGAACGCGCCGCUGCAGAUAAGGCCGCUGGUUUUUAGAUGCAUUCAUACAAUAGAUUUAGGCUUUAACAGAAUUGUCGUUUGAAACAUUUUUCACGGUAGCGGGUUUUUAUGUUUUGUACAUUUCACGAAUCAAGCAUAUGGGAAACGCAAAAUGCAAGGGUUUUCAGUGGCCAAUAUAAGCUCCACCCUCCCUCUCUCUGAAAUCAUGUAAUUCAGACCAAUUUUAUGAUACCAGUUAGUGGAAAGGUGACAUCUGAUUGGUUAAAAUUCUUAAGACCAUGAUUAGUUGAAGUUCAUAGUUGACUUACAGAUUACACUCUAUGAUUGGUUGAAAUUCUGAGUUGACUUAUAAAUUAAAAUCUGUGAUUGGUUGAAAUUCUUGGUUGAUUUAUGAAUUAAGUUGGAUCUGUAAAGGAACUUUGCUCAGUCAAUUCCCACACUAUUUCCUGGAGAUUUUUUCCCAUAUGGUUGAUUCAGAAUCUAAAUCCAUACAUUGUUGUUCCAAUAUAGUGAGUUUUAACAUUUGGAUAAAACCAAAUUUUUUAGUGAUUGUAUUUAUCAUAAAGCUGUUUUUAGAACUAGCUGUAGAUAAAAAUGGCAAACAUACUUCAUUCUAUCAACAUCAUGCUUUUAAUCUUGUAAAUUAAAUGUUUGGAUCUUUAUCAUUAAUAUUUGAAUUGUUAUCAUAGAUUUACGUGUAAAUUAUUCAAUACCUUGUAGUUUACAAAAUUGUAUAGUGAUUAAAACAAAGAAAAAAGUUUGUAAAGUGGUGUAACAUUAUGAGAUCCAAGUGGAUCCAACAUUACAGAUACAUAGUUAGUAACUAAUUAAUCAAUUAACAAAUUAUGACUAAUUGAUUGUUAUUAUAUACUAAAUGCCAAUAGAAGAAAGGAAUAUGUUGGAAUUUAUAAACAAUUUAAACUUCUUUCAUAUCUUUGUGUUUUCCAUUUUAAAUACAGUAGGUGAUAUAACUAAUUAAACUAAUUAAUGCUUUAUUAUAUAACAUUUGUUGCCAUGUGUUUGUUGGUACAAAAACUGUAUUUAUAUCACCAUGGAAAACAUUAUAUAAACACAUUAAUAUUCUAUAUUGUAUUAUUUUGAAAAUGUACAUGUUUCGCUUUGUCAGUGAUGUAACACUUUUAAAUAAUAGGAUAUAUUUCUUUUUUAAAGGGAGGGUAUUUUUAUUUCAUUUUAAAACUGCUGAAGUUUAAUUAAAGGUGAUUUUGAUAAUGAAGUGGAUUUUAAACUAUUACUGUAUAUUUAAAUUAGGAUUUACAGAAAACAGAAACCAUAGCCAAAGAAAAUAGAAACUUUAUUUGUUGGAUGUGUCAUAGAAGGAGAUAACCCAACAAAUCUUACUGUGAAUUACCAACAGAUAUAUUUGGAAUACACAAAGGUUUUUAAUAUUUUCACUGCAUUUGAAUUAUGAUAACUAUAUGAUGACGUAUAUAACUAAAGCAGAACUGGCGAUUCAAAAGUAAUAGAUAUAAAUGAUUAAUAAUAAGGAUGAUUUUUAAAAUUGAAAGUGCUCCCCCAAAAGAUUACUUGUUUUGUAUUUUAUCUUUUAAAAGCAUUCUUUUAACUUUGCUUGCAGUUUUCUUUCUAGAAUGUUUUUGAUGUUUGUUUACAAUUUGUCGUGUUCACAAAGUUAGCGAUGCUCUCUGAAGUUAUCGUUUGUGAAUGACGUAGACGUACGUUGUUGACAACUAAUGUCUUAAAUAAAAGAGAUCAGGCAUUUGAAAUUUAAAAUAGUAAUAGGGAUCCGGAAAAUCAAAAAAUAAUGUUUUGAGGAUAUUUCGAGUGGAUUUAAGUUGUGUGAGCAAGUUUGUUUAGUGUUAAAGAGUGUGUUGAAAGUCCAAAACUCAACUAUGAUAAUGAGAAUUGUGAUUCACUUUCUCUAUGAAAAAUAAUUGUUAAUGAGUCACAAAUUGAUAGUUGGACAAUGAUUGGUUAAUCUUAAUGAAAGAUACUUUAUAAGUCAAAUUAUAGAGUUGCUGAAUAGAUAUUAUUCUUCAACUUGUCAAUAACGAAUAUCAACAUUCUUCAUUCUUUCAAUCUUGCUAAGACUAAUCAUAAGAAUGGUGUUUACCUUUUAAUUUUGUGUGCUCCUAAGCUAUACAAACACUUCACUCACCCUCUUUAAGGAGGAAUAAAUACACAGUAAUCAGCUUUCUAGAUUUAAAGGGUUUACCCAAAUGAAAUACUUCUCAAAUAAUAAAAAUAAUAAAUAAUAAUGCAUGAAAGCAUGUAAUAAGGGUACAU